AUAAACAAUCACAUCCCCUCCCCUUUUAUCCAUCACAGAACUCCUCUAUCCAAUACUUUCAUGCUUGCAACUCCUACCACUUCAUUUCUCCAAAUCACCACCACAAAGACACCUUGCUCAAGCCCUUUUAGUGGCGAGUCCUAUCCACUUAAACCUAGAGCAUCUUUUACUACUGCUUCACAGGCCAAAAAAUCACAAGGGAGCGUUGACUCAAUGGCUACAACCUCCUCAUUCUACGAAGUGCUAGGGCUUCCAAUGAGUGCUAGUGGCCAUGAAAUAAAGGCUGCUUAUAGAAGACUAGCAAGAACUUGCCACCCUGAUGUUGUGUCCAUGAAUCAGAAAGAAAUGUCAUCCACUGAGUUCAUUAAAAUCCAUGCAGCAUAUUCAACACUGUCAGACCCAGAUAAACGCGCAAGUUAUGAUAGAGAUCUUUUUAGAAACAGUAGGCCUUUCGGGUCUUCUUCUAUGAGGUCGGCAACAAUGGCAGCUGCUUCUGGAUAUACUAGUAGGAACUGGGAGACUGACCAGUGUUGGUAGUUCUUUUUUUUACGUUUUCAGAUUUCCAUAGCGCAUGUAAUGUAAGUUAUUAAGUUAGCAUGAAAAUGGGUGUUGAACCCUGAAACUCUGCUCGUAUCGUUCUGUAAUCAAUGCUUUUGAUUGAAAACAGAGGAGAUAAAACAGGGGAAAAGACAGAGCUAGUUUGUACGUAGUAGAAAUGGGCACUUUUUAGUGUAAUUUAAUGUGGAUGUCAGAUUCUUUUGUUA